AACCCAGCAACCCCGCGCCGAGGUGUUUUUACGUGAGUUUUUAGUUCAUAGUAGCCUGCUAAUCAAAUUCGGGGGAAAAUGGAUAACACAUUUUCCUUAAUACUAAGAUUUGUUAGAAGCCCACGCUUAAUGACCACGAUGCUUCGGUCUGGCUUAUUUUUCAAACUCCAUCUUGUGCUCACAGUAAAAGGGUAAUUGGGUUGUUAUUUGUAACAUAUGAAUAAAUCCCUUAUUUCUAAAGUGCGUGGUGUAGAUGUACCUAAAGGCCACUUAAAACUGCAAAUGGAUAGGCACACAAUACAUAUCUUACAGGCCAUCACUGUACAAUAGAACAAUCACAUAAAAUGUGGCAAAAAAAAAAGGAUUGGAGAUGCUGGUGUUGGACUUUGAACUUCUUUGGAGAUACUGUUAGUGAAUUUAAAGCCACGGUUUGGUGACUUGGUCCUUUACUCUUUCAAACAAAACAAAACAAAAUGCAAUACUAGCAUUUAAAAACUGCUGGAGCUUCACCCACUCUACCACCUCCUACAUAAAAUGGGGGGAAAUAACAGAACUGGUCUUCAGUAAAAAUCCACAUCUGUCACGUCAGUUUAUUAUCUAUAGAGGUUUGUAUAGUGUAUAGCUGGCUGCUUGUUUUGGGAGUCUCUGACAUAGUAAAACGGUGGGAACCCCCUAAAGCUUCUGCAUAAAGGACUAAUCUUGAAGACGCAGAGGGUUAAUUUCAAGCCCCCACCACCACCACCCACAUCUCCAAUUUGAAAGCCGCCUCUCUACCGGGAGAGGAAGGCUCUUUUUCGGUCAGAUGGCGUGCUGCAGUCCGCCCCCGUCAUUCUCCAGCCCACACAGACAGCAAAAAGGCAGCCAGCAACCAAUACGGUGCGCCGGAGGAGGAUUUCUGCCAGUGAUUUCAGACGAGGUAAGAUACGCAAAGGGGAUUUACUACGCCAAUCUGCGCCGAGGAAGCUGUCGGCAAUAGGUAAGACGUAUUGCUCUGGCAGAUCCGACCCGUGACAUCGGUGGCUGGAGCGACACCCUUGCUAAAUCACGCCGGUUUCCUCUUUACACAUCUGUAAACCUGACCUAAAGAAGGUAAGAAAAAAGCGAUUUAUGUGUAUUCAAAGAUUAAGUCAUGAAACAUAUAAUGAGUAGAUAGGAGCUUAUUCUGCCCCAAGGGAUGCUUAAACUUGCUUUUAACUCUUUAUCAGUUUUUAUUAUUUGACUAUAUUUGUAUUUUGUAUUCUGUAUAUACUAGGUGUGGUCCAGAUGCCAAAGUCUUUAUCUAAAUAAUUAACUUGUACAGGAUUUCUCCAUCUGCAGGUUCAUGUCUUUCCUUUCUCCUGCCUAAACUUUCCAGUGCUGUGUGCCAUGUCUCUGCCACGCACACUUGGUGAGUUGCAGCUGUAUCGGGUCCUCCAGAGGGCCAACCUGCUGGCCUACUAUGAAACCUUUAUCCAGCAGGGUGGUGACGAUGUCCAGCAGCUCUGCGAGGCAGCGGAGGAGGAGUUCCUGGAGAUCAUGGCACUAGUUGGCAUGGCCACCAAGCCACUGCAUGUGCGUAGGCUGCAAAAGGCCCUCCGAGACUGGGCGGCGAACCCUGCCCUUUUCAGCCAGCCUGUUGCUAAUGUUCCUCUUGGGGGCAUCCCGCUCUUUAAAGUUGAUGGCACUGGCACAAGUGGAUCAGCUGGCGGGCCCAGAAAGUCUGUGAGUAAUGGGCAGCCAGGAUCCCCCUGUGAGAGAGAGGAUCGGAUGUGCCUUACACCAAUGCACAGCGGGAGUCCAAGAAGCCCCUGUUCCCAGGCCUCUCCACAGCCCCCAGACACACACUACAGGGAAAAACUUUCUCCUAUGGAUCCACACUGGCUCAGCCCAGAGCAUGAUGGGAACUGCACUUUGGGUUCUGCACCUGGAACAGAAGAGGAGCCAUCCAGCCCACCUCUACUGUCAACAUGUCCUCCCGGUCCUUCCACGUCUCCGAGCCCCUCUGCAUCUUUCACCCCGGCAGCUCCGUCUGCCUGGCCCGGAGGACAGCUGGAUGGAGAGACAGCGAGGGCCGUGGUGGAGACUGUGGAGAGGCUCCUCACGACCCUGCCUAGGUCAGAUCCUGCAGAGGUGAAGACUUUGCUGAGGAUGAAUAAGAAGAUGGCAAAGACUGUGGGACACAUCUUCAGAAUGGGGUCCCAGGACGUGAACAAGGAAGAGGAGAUCCGGAAAUACAGUCUUAUUUAUGGGCGCUUUGACUCCAAGAGGAGGGAAGGCAAGCAACUCACACAUCAUGAGCUGAUCAUCAAUGAAGCUGCAGCCCAGUUCUGCAUGCGUGACAAUGCCCUUUUGCUGAGACGGGUGGAGCUCUUUUCUCUGGCUCGGCAGGUGGCGAGAAAAUGUGCCUACACCUCCACACUAAAGCAUGCAAGGACGAACCCGGACGAGAGCAGCCUUUUGCCCCAGAAGAGAGCGAGGCUCGAGGGAGUCGUGCCCGAGAGUGUGUCAUCACUCCUCGGAGUGGAGGGAUCCGAGAGUUUGACUCAGAGGGCAGAUGACGACAGCCUAUCUGCAGAAAGCCUGGACAGUGUAUCACAUGACAUGGGCUCCCAGUGCAACCAGUCUCCAUCUCCCCGUCCUCACACUGACACCUCCAACCCCGCCAGCUGGAGUCGCCACCUCAUACAGCAAACGCUCAUGGACGAAGGGCUGAGACUGGCUCGCAUGGUGUCACAUGACCGGGCGGGAAAGAUCAGCCUAGGUUCAGACGGAGCUCACGCCACAGGUGACAAUUCAAACCAUGACAUUAAAGUGGAGAGGCAGAGCUCGAUAGCAACGUGCAGGAGCAGUAGCCCUUGUGUCACCAAAGAUGACUCCAACCACCGAGGGAAAUGAAACCUUCAGGAGCUUAUCAGGGAACUCAAACGUUGCCCUGCCACUGAGCUCCAAUCAGAGACUUGUAAACAGGCCACGUUUACUUCACUGACAUCUGAUGGAGAGGAAGACUCUUACUGACUUCAAGCCAGUACAGGAAAUGUGAGAAAUUACCAGCAACUGAUAUUAUAAAUCUGCAGUGACUUCUGAAUCCUGAGGUUGUGAAUGAAGUUGAAAAUGUUUUUGAUUUUAUAUUCAGUGAAUACACAGGGAAGAGACUCCUUUUGUUGUUUUAUUUUUUAACACAUGGACAAAAUGUCCCACAGAUUUGAGCUGAUAUAAGAAAAAAAAUGCUCAAAAAAAGAACUGAAUUACUUUGUUGUGAUCAUUGCUGUGUGUUGGAUGUGCCACCUGCUUGAGACAAAACGGGCUCACCACAGCAGGGGGCACUGCAACUUUGGAAACGAAUCCUCCAGUUCCUCCGCACUGAGCGACUCGUUGUAGUUGUGUUUAGCAGAGGUACUUAAUAACACUUGCAGCAAGUUAGAGCAUAAAAGCAGUAGGAUUAACCCCCCCUGAAGCUCCUCACUCUCAGGAAACAGACGGAUGUUCUGGUGUUAAAGACAGAAUAUUUUUAAGAGAGACUUUGGGGGAACAUGUUUUCAUCCAGAUUGCAUGCAGGCAAACCCAGCUAUGAGGACGAGAUGCCUUUCGUCUUUUGCUGCAUCAGCUUACAUCCCAUCAGAUUUAAAAAACAAACAAAAAAUAAAAACACACCUCGCUCACAACUUUCUCUUGCACACAUGGUUGAAGUGAUGAUGGUGCAACAUUUCGUCCUCUUUCGUUAUGUGAAAGUGUACACAGAGCACUGUUUCUAAGCUGCGUGGCAUGAAACAGGAGCAGUGUAGACUGUGAAAUCAGCUUUCAGGGUUGGUUACAGCGUCUCGCUCGAGGUUCCUUCAGCGGGGGGAAGAAUUCGGCUUUGAGCUCAGCUACUCCUCUCUGUCAUCUGCAGUUUAAUCUCGUGCACUAAAGGCACCAUUGUAUAGCCUUUGAAAAACCUACAUUCAAAACUAAGUUGUAAGAUUUAUAAUUUUUUUAUGGAUUGGAUUUUUUUUGUAGGUGUACUGGAAACACACUAUGGCAGUUUGUCUUUGGGAUGAUAUUUUUUGUAGUCAUAGAUUAACGAGGUGAACCGUAUGUCAGUUCUUCUGUGAUCUGAGGCACAUACCUAAUCUCACAUUAGGAGAAUUAAAACACAGGCAAGAAUUUACGGAGAGAAAUCUACUGGAGCUUGAGCAUCUCGUACAAGCGAAAUCAACCUCUGGGCCCCACGCAGGGUGUUAAAAUGUGUAACAGUCUUAUGAUUUUGUAUUCUAAUCUCAGAGUAGAGGGAGGCCGCUGUGCAUCAUUACACCUGCUCGUCUCUUCAGCAUUAGUAACCUCCUCAGUUCAUUGUUGCAAACAGAUUAUUUAUUUUGUUAGAUCUCAAUAAAUGUUAUUUUACUGA